AUGUGGGCUGGCUGUCUUCUUCAUUGUCAUUAUUCUCGUCUUUCUUUUGAAAACCCUCUGCAAAGUACUACCGCCUGUAUCGCCUCUUUACAUUUUGGGUUAGUCCUUAGUCUCUCGACCUAUUUUCUUCAUACGCCGCGGCUUUCCGUACCCAUGUCUAGCACUGCUAAAGUAUUGGAUAGGCUCGUCAGAAACCUUUACUCUCCCUUGGAACCCUCAAAUCUCUUCAUCGAAUCCCUAACAAAGUAUCUAACUCCACAGCCUACUCAUGCUCCUCAAAUCGAUUCAUUCCUAAAUGAAAAAUCCGAAAAGGCUUUUCUUCUGUACAAAAAACUGCCGAACAACGAAGGCAUAACAAAGCUGGUCUAUGUGUUCCUCUGUCUAAGCAACAAAAAGCCGAGUGUGUACGAAGAUUUGAGAGUUCAUCUCAGACAAGGUGCCCUGGGAUUUGAAACUUCAUACUUCAAUCCUGUCUCACUGCCUUCAAUCAGAUCAAAGGUUAACAAUGCAGUGUUUAGCAUUGUUCAUGCAGUAUAUUCCCAUGGACUGAUAUACCGACAGUUAAAGAUUGAGCAGGAACAGCCACAUUCUCUUUCUCACAGAUACUUUCUUGGAAAGAUACAGCCUUCUUUGAGAGACUAUGAAAAAUCAGUCCUGGAAUCAUUCUGUGACUUUCUAGAUUUCUACAGUAAUAUGUAUAUUCCUUUCAAAAACAUUAGGAAGUUGGGAAUUUUAAACGAUAGUUUCAGGAACAAAAUGCACUUAAAGGCUUUUACUGCACUUGACCUGAACUUUGACAAUGUCGCUCUGGCGUCCAUCAAUCCUCUCUUUGAGGGUUUCGAAGAUGUUCUUUACCAGGUGUUCAAUGAAUGCACUAUUUCGUAUCUGCUAAAUGGCAGCUUUGAAGACCCAUUUUCUGAGUACUUUAUUAGAAAUCAUGUCCUGGAUUACGGAUUGAUUCCUCCAUUCAUUUCAAGGCAUACCGCCGAAACUAUUGCUUAUAUCGGAAAGUACACUGCCUUUUUGAAGAGUGUUCAUCUUCUAAAUAUACCUCGUGAAGUUCAAAGUACGAUAGGAAAGAUUGAUUUAUCCAAAAAUAGUGCAGUAAACUAUCUUAAGGAUGCAUUGGUAUGCAUUAAUACACUGUUAUACAAAGGAUUCUUUGAGAACUUUAAGAUAUUGGAUCUUCUUGAAUUUAUUCACUCUACCUUUCUUUUUGGUAGAAUUGACUUCAUUGAAAAGCUGUUCACAUCUCUGAAAGAGUCCAGGAAAACUGGAAGAAAAAACAUCUGCAAUUUAUUGGAAAACGCAUUGAAUUCUAUCUUUCCAAAGUCUCCGUUUAACUCCCUAGUUGAUAUUUAUAUUACCCAAGAAGAAUUUAUUAAAAGUGAUGACGCGAGGAGUGGGGCUGGGGCCUGA